CGUAUCCCUAACAAAACUCACCCCUUUCUCGUCGGAGUAGGCGAUUACCAAACUACCAAGAGCAAUUCAUUUUUUGUUUUCGGCAUUCCGCACUUGGUCGAGCUCGUCGUCGGACGCUGUCCGGCGUGGUCGUUCUCCGGCAAGUAUUAAAGAAGGAUUCUCCAUGGAAAGCUAUGGAAAAAUUUAAGGGAAGGUCAAUAGAGGAGGUACUACGGCAGCAGAUUGAAAAGGAAAAAUAUGACAAUGGGAGCAGUGGGGUAAAGCCACCAAGAGGGGGCGGCGGCGGCGGCUCUGGUGGAUCAGGGGAUGGAGGCUUUGCUGGGAAGUCCAAUGAGACUCUCCAAGUUGUUUUAGCUACCAUUGGAUUUCUAUUUCUGUAUGUCUACGUCCUCACUGGCGAGGAACUCACAAAGCUAGCUAAGGACUACAUUAACUAUCUGUAUAGUGGAAGACGAAGUGUGAGAUUAAAGCGAGCCAUGUUCAAAUGGGACCGACUCUGCCAGAGCGUGACGGAGAAGGUGGUGGACAGGCAGUGGUUGGAGAAGGCUAUGCUCAAAAGGAAUUACUUGCAAUCAAAAUCAAAUCAAUAAAUUCAUUUUCAGGACUCUGUCAUCAUCCUGUCUGGUUCUUUCCCUGCAUUUGUCUUCCCCCCCCCCCCCCCCAAAUUAGAUUGAUGAAGAUAGGAAUAGAGAGGUAGGCUAAAUCAAUAUGAAUAUAAAGGUUUCAUUUUUUAGGUUAUUUGAGGUAUAUUCAAUUAUUCAUGGUUUGGUUGCCGUUGUGACCGUGAGAAUGUCUUGUACAAGAGGCUGAUUUUUUUUUUUACUGUUACGAAAAUAUUAUUUGCAUAUUUUUGCACAA